GUCGUCGAGAAAACGUCACUGUCACUGUCGUGUAAUUUGUUAAACCAGUUGUGUUUGCAUUAUUUGUUAUUGUUGUUAAAAUAACAUAAUUUAUAAUAAGCCGGGUAGCGAAAUGCCCAUCGGCAGCCUGACGGGCACUUACCGUUCCCUGACCGGUUCAAACGCCGUUUAUCGGUCCACCACGGUCGUGCCGGCCGGCUCCGAACCGGUUGGUACCGGCACAGGCCUCCUAGAUGGGUUCAAGAAAGCUUUUAGUUUUGUCUCGGGAACAACGACGCCCACAAAUCCUGGAGCCGAAAGACUGCUUGGGAAUGGACCAACUCAAACCGGGACGGUGACGACUUUUACAAGGACUGAUAGUGCUAACACUAACACAAACAGAAAAAUGCCUUCUUCCGGAUUAGCUGAAGAGGCAGCCCUCUUGGGUACUAUGCCUUCUGACAGUAUGGACGACAUCGAAUUGAAGAAUAUUCAACUGCAAUUUCCUACCGCUAGAUCUCUUUCAAGGGAUGAUUCUUCGGUGACGGAAGAAGUUGUAGAAACGGAUCGUGGAAAUAUCGUAGUGGCGGUACAGGGAUCCAAAAAGAAGCCGGCUAUUUUGACCUAUCACGAUUUGGGUCUUAAUUAUGUAUCUAAUUUCCAAGCUUUCUUCAAUUACAUUGAUAUGAGAGCGUUAUUAGAAAACUUCUGUGUUUACCAUGUAAAUGCGCCUGGUCAAGAAGAAGGUGCCCAUACACUUCCUGAGGAUUAUCUUUACCCGACGAUGGAGGAACUAGCCAACCAGCUGAGUUACGUCAUGAACCAUUUCGGUCUAAAACAGUUCAUAGGAUUCGGUGUAGGGGCCGGCGCAAAUAUUAUGUGCCGAUUCGCUCUAAAUCAUCCAAACCAGGUAUCAGCUUUGUGUCUGGUUAACUGCAUUAGUACUCAGGCCGGUUGGAUAGAAUGGGGCUAUCAAAAACUCAACACAAGAUAUCUCCGUUCCAAGGGAAUGACGCAAGGUGUCUUGGAUUAUUUGAUGUGGCAUCAUUUCGGAAGGCAAACUGAAGAAAGAAACCAUGAUUUAGUUCAAGUGUACAAAAGUUAUUUUGAACGCAACGUAAACCCUACCAAUUUAGCUCUCUUUAUCGACAGCUACGUACGAAGGACAGAUCUCAAUAUCCACAGAGAAAUGGAUCCAUUAAAGAAGAAAAAUUGUACGUUGUCUAUGCCUGUAAUUAACAUAACAGGAUCUAUGAGCCCGCACAUGGAGGACACGGUUACCUUCAAUGGGCGACUUGAUCCCACAAAUUCUUCAUGGAUGAAGAUUUCAGACAGUGGUAUGGUCUUAGAAGAACAGCCAGGAAAAGUCAGUGAAGCUUUUAGAUUAUUCCUUCAAGGCGAAGGAUACGCAAUACAUUUACAUCAUCGCCCCAUAACUUGUUAACCUAUAUGUGAUACUUGCAUCAAAUUAUUUAUUGAAUAUAAUCAAUUUUAUUAAUUGAUUGAAAGAAGAAAUUGCGUCGAACAAAUGAAAUCUAGUCUGUUUUCAAUAACAGUUGUUAACUAGAUUGUAAUUGAAACUUUGUUUGUAUUAUUAAAUGUUUCAUUACUAACAGCAAUUAAUUUAUUUUAAUCGAUAUAUUUUUAAUUUUAAGUAGAGUUUAACAAUAUUGAUUUAAUAUUUAUCUAUUGCUUUCGUGUAUCGUUUCUGAUAUUUUUGGGAAUGAAGCAAGAAUUUGUUUACAAAAUAGCAACUUUAAAAGGUGAGACUUCAAUUCUUUAAUCUUCUUUUGGAGUGUGUAUUUUUUAAUUGAAUAUUUUUAUUAGAUUAAAUAUGGCUUCAUUGCUAAAAAUGUAACUAUUGAGCUUCGCGUAUACUAAUCAUUAUAAAAUUAAUAUUAAAUAUGAAGAAUUAUUAAAUGAAAUAGUAUAUAUAUUUGACGCAAUUAGGCUUUUCAAUUCUUAUUUUAAACUUUAUUUAUUAUUUGAAAGCAGAAAUUUGUAGUUGAUUAUAAUUAAUUUCUUAAUUGAUGAAAAUCAAUAAUUGUUUGUAUAUAUAAAGUUAUUCUGUGAAUAUAUUAAUAAUUUAUAGUGUACGAAAUUUUUAUAAAAUCUAUGGCAAUAAAAAAAAGUGUAUCCAAUCUGCUAAUAUUGUUAGACGAUUACAUAAAAAUUAAUAAAAAUUAUAAAAAUCCAUCAAAUUGAGAAAUUAUUUCCUGAACUUAUGUUUUUUCUACGGAAUUAAAACUUAAUGACAAAAUAUUAUUUUCUAUCCAAAGGAAAUAAUGUACAAUAAAAUGCAGUUUCUUAUUGUUGUUAUUCAAUCUUCUUAUGUCUUCCUCUAAAUCAUCCAGCCAUUUAUUUAUUUUUCUUCCUUUCCUUUUUUUAUGAAGUGAAUGUUGUAAUACUAAUUUUAUUCGAAUUUGUUAAAUUUUGCAUUCGUCAUAAACUCGAUUUUUUUUAUAAACAGUUAUUAUCGGUAUAUUAGAUUCCUGUAAUCUUGCAAGAUAUUCCAGAUAUCUAAAUUUUUGUGAUCUAAAGACUGCUCUAUUGGUGGAGUUUAUGCAGAAAUCUAUCAAAUUCCUUAUUAGUUUUUCUUUUCCAUAUAUACAGGGUGGGCCAUUAGUGGAAGAUUGCGGGUUUAUUAAGGUACUGGGGCAUGGUGUAGGACUUCUAAGACUACAACCAAAAAAUAUUUAUAGUUCUACAGGGUGAUUUAUAUCAAAGUUAUGUUUUUUUAAUAGGAACCCCCUAUAUUUUAUUGCAUAUUUGGAUUCCUCGGUCAAUUUUAGUGUGACUUUAUGCAUCACACAUGGUAUCUAAAAUGAGUUGUUAAGCAACAAUUCAUUAUUUUUUCAAAAAGUAGAUGUCUAGUAAAAAUUGAAUAUCGCAGUUAUUAUAAAACUUAGAAGGCCGUGACUUUACAAUGUUACUCAUCAUGAAAUGUACUAACAUUUGCCAGACGAUCAAAGUCAAACCCUUUUCGUGUUUAAAGUAAUCGCUACGCCAAUUUGCAAAAUUUCAAUCCAAUGUAACUUGAUUAUUUUAAAUGGGGCUACCAAUUUUUUUUCAUUUCAUUACAUGCAGAAU